GUUCAUUCUGCUGACAUUUCGGGUAUGUUCGGUGGAAAAAAGAAAGACGUAUGUGAUGCCUGACAGAAUGAAUUUUCAUAGGAAGAAUUUGAAAUCAUUUUCCCAUGUAAAGCAUUAACAAUGAAGAAGGAAUUUAUUAUAAAAAAAAAGAAUUCGAAGACGUGGAUCAUUUUGUUGCUCGUUAUAAACCGGAAAGAUUAGAUGCACUUUGCAAAACGACAAAUUUCAGCAAGAACGAAAUUAGGCUCAUGUAUCAAGGAUUUAAACAGGAAUGCCCAACAGGUGUUGUAACUGAAGAGUCCUUUAAAGAAAUAUUUUCUCAAUUUUUUCCCCAAGGAGAUGCAACUCAAUACGCACAUUAUGUAUUUAACACGUUUAAACAACUUGGACAAAAUGGGACACUAAAUUUCGAGCAGUUCCUAGGAAUGUUAUCUUCGUUAUCACGUGGAUCAGUUACAGAGAAACUAAAAUGGAUUUUUGGUCUUUACGAUAUUAAUGGAGAUGGUUAUAUAACGAAACAAGAAAUGACGGAUAUUGUUAGUGCCAUAUAUGAUAUGUUAGGACAUUACACAGAUCCUGCAGUCGAUGAACAUUCGGCGAGAGAGCAUGUAGAAAGACUUUUUCAUCAAAUAGAUGCAAACAAAGAUGGAGUUGUAUCAUUUGACGAAUUUGCAGAAUGGUGUCAAAAGGAUGAAAAUAGAACGAAUGGUUUAUUUAUGUUGGACACCAUUUUGUGACAAUUACCUUCCUGUUCUGCCUCUUCUGAUACAUCAGAAAAUGCAGAAAAUCCAUCAGAAAAAAAUAUAAUAUAAAAGUAUUCGUAUAUAUCAAUAAUUUAAGUUAAAUAUUUACAUUUUUUUGUAUAUUUUGUGGGUUAUUCCCUCAAUAUUAUAGCUUCCAUCAACAUAAUUUACCUCUUCAAACAUGGGAGCUUUCAUAGAUUUAUUUUUACGCAUUCAGUUUGAUAAUAAUUGAAUGACACUAGUGGUGCAUGAUCAAUAACAAAACCAAUAUAUUCUUGUAAAUUUAAAUAUUUUAAUUAGUAAAAUUUGUAAUUUUUGUAAAUAUUUUGAUUUCUAGCUUUGUUUGAGAUCCCCGAUAAUGUAAAGAACUUUUGGACAAAUGUCCAUGAUCAUGCACUAAUUAGGGUAAAAUACUAGCUCAUUAUCCAUGCAAAUCAUGGUGCCUGCAAAAAUUUAGGAUGUAGAAAGGAUUCAAAUUUAUAUAUUUACUAUAAAUUCAUCAAGAAAUUAUAGUUUUUCAAUAUAUUAUAUCAAUAGAAGGGUUUACGUUAAGGUGUGUAAUGUUCGAAAUUAAUUUCAUUUUAGUGAAAAUAGUUUUUUCUUGUAUAGAAUUUUA